CUGUGCAUUUAAUUGAAAGGAAAGGAGGCAAGCCUGGUGCGCCGUCGUCGUUUUUGUACAACUCAGGGGCCACCUCGCACCGCCGUCACCGAGAAUUUCCAUCUCAGAUAACGGCGGCUUCAUUGGCCUCCAUUCAUUCAACGUACCCGUAUCCAUAUCCGACGCGUACCGCACACCCGUAUCCGUAUCCGUAUCCGACGCGUAUCGCACCCAUAUCUGAAUCCAAAAUCUUCAUUGGUUUGGAGUUGUAAGAUUUGCCAAAUCGCUUGUAUUAAUCGACCGUUAAUUGAAGCAUAUUGCUUGGAACUAGUUUCCAUUUUCCACUGAUGUUCAUCUGUGCAUGUUCCUUCAUGUCCUCAACAAACAACAAAGAGCAAGAAAAUUUUUAAAACUGUGGACUGCUGAAAGAUGAAAACUCAGAGUGGUUUAAAUAGGAGCAAAGAGAAAGAAAGAAAGAAAGAAAGAAAGAGAGACAAAUUAAUGAGUUCUUUGGGCGGCCUUCCGUGCUUUCUGUGCUUGUUCCUGGUCUUAGUUCUCAUCAAGAUCCUUCACAAGCUAUGGUGGACUCCAACUCGCAUACAGAAGCAGAUGGCUCUGCAGGGGAUCCAUGGCCCUCCUUACAAACUCACCAAUGGAAACACCAAAGAAAUCUCCCACAUGAUGAAGGAAGCCAUGGCCAUGCCCAAAACUAUAUCCCACGACACACUUCCUUUAGUCCAAGCUCACAUUCACUCAUGGACCAAUAUUUAUGGGAAGAAUUAUCUGCAGUGGCAUGGUUCUCAGGCUCAGUUGGUGAUCACAGAACCUGAGUUGUGCAAAGAGAUACUGAAUAACAAAGAUGGAGCUUAUCCAAAAAAAAAAGUCCAAAACUUUGUAAAGAAGCUAUUAGGAGAUGGCCUGGUUUCAACAACAGAAGAUGAAAAAUGGGCAAAAUUGAGAAAGCUGGCCACUCUUGCCUUCCAUGGAGAGAGCUUAAAAAGUAUGAUUCCAGAAAUGGUAGCUAGUGCUGAGACAAUGCUAGGAAGGUGGAAAAAUUAUGAAGGAAAAGAGAUUGAUGUGCUUGAAGAGUUUAGGUUGCUGAGUUCAGAAGUGAUUUCAAGAACAGCAUUUGGCAGCAGCUAUAUUGAAGGAAAGAACAUUUAUGGGAUGUUGAACAAGUUAGGGUUCAUAAUCUACAAAAAUUAUCUCAUAAUCAGGGUUCCUGUCAUUAGUAAGUUCUUUAAAACCAGCGAUGAGAUAGAGUCGGAGAAACUUGAGAAAGGAAUACAAGACACUAUAAUAGAGAUUAUUAAGAAAAUGGAAGAGAAGGCAAUGACUGGAGGAGAAGACAGAUUUGGAAGUGAUUAUCUUGGAUUACUUGUAGAGGCUCAACAUGAUGCCGAUGACAACCAGAGGAUUUCAGUGGACGAAGUUGUUGAUGAUUGCAAGACGUUUUACAUGUCCGGACAAGAAACUACUACUACUUUGCUUUCUUGGACUGUCUUACUUCUGGCAGUCCAUACAGAUUGGCAAGAGGAAGCAAGAAAGGAGUUCAUACAAUUAUUUGGCAAACAGACUCCACAUCCCGAUGGGAUUGCCAAACUGAAAACAAUGAGUAUGAUCAUUAAUGAGUCUCUACGGUUAUAUCUGCCGCCUGUUUCUAUUAUAAGGAAAGUUGAAAGGGAAGUUAGAUUGGGAAAGCUCACUCUUCCUCCGAAUCUUGAUUUGGUUAUCUCAACUAUAGCAAUUCACCAUGAUCCUGAAAUCUGGGGACGGGAUGUGCAUCUUUUCAAACCAGAGAGAUUCUCGGAAGGGGUUGCUAAAGAAACUAACAACAACAUAGGUGCAUUUAUACCAUUUGGAUUGGGACCUCGAACUUGUGUGGGCUUAAACUUUGGCACUACUGAAGCAAAGAUUGCUUUGUCAAUGAUUCUACAACGCUACUCCUUCACCCUUUCCCCGGGUUAUGUUCACUUUCCCUUGCAUUAUCUUACAAUUCGGCCACAACAUGGAGUUCAGGUAAUGCUACACUCACUUUGA